UGUAAAUGUAUGUUUACGUUUUAUAAUUGUAUUUUUAUAUAUAAUAUCAAGUACAAUGUUAAAUAGUUUUGAUAGAAUUUACUAUUGAAAUAAUUAAUUAAAAGCCCAUAUACUUAAAAAGUUUAUUAACCAAAAAUCUAGAAGUUAAUGGACCCCCAACAAAUCUAAUAUUCUGGUUUAGAGCUCGACCAAAACACAUUCUUCAUUUCGUCAUAUUGACCGUUCGAAAAAAAAAACCCAGAAAAUGAUUGAUUUUUGACGUACUUAUUGUUAUAACCCAUAUGUGUUUCUACAUAAGAUUUAUAUCAUGUGUUUUUAUGAUUUGGUUUAGUAGUUGUUGUUAUAAAUUUGGAUGAUCAAUAUCUAUACAAAAUGUUACUCUUAAAAUAAAAUAAUUAUAUUGCUGUUGCAAACUUAAGCAAGAAAUUCAAUUAAAAAUUAUUUGCAAUAUAAUUUAAUUUUAGUAUCACAAUAUAAUUUAAAUUAAAAAUGACUUGAAAUAUAAUUUAAAUUAAAAUGGCUAGCUAUAUAAUGUCAAACAUAUUGUAAAUGUAUAUAAUUGUAUAUUAAUAUAAUAUCAGUUACAAUGUUUAAUAUUUUUGAUAGAAUUUACUAUUGAAACAAAUUAAUUCAAAGCCCAUAUAAUUGAAUGUUUAUUUUGAAAAAAUAUAAAGUUAAUUGGCCCCCAACAAAUCUAAUGUUCUCGUUUAAAACCCAACAGAACACUGAUUCGGUAUUUCGUUAUGUUGACCAUUCUCAAGACUGAAAAAAGAAACAGAAAAGGAAAAAAAGAGAGAGAUCGAGAACGGUCUCUUUGCCGACAAAAGAUGAGACGAAGAAAAAUCGGUGUUCGAUGGUGAAAAACAAAGGUGUACGACUCUAUAUGAGUAAAUACGAAAUCAGAAUCUCGAAAUCUGCCGGUAUACCAUCAUUUACUCUCUCAUUAUCUUACGAUUCAUCUACUUGAUCUGAGAAGCCUCUUUAUAGAUAUGUUCAGGUACAUGAAAAUAUCUAAUUUCUUCUUAAUAUAUAGAUGUUAUGCUAAUCUAAAAUCUCUUCUCUGAUUUUGACCAUUCCAUAAAUGUUUUGCAUGUAGAAGUAUCAGAUGACUUGUAUGUUGAUUCUGAUGAUCGAUCUUAGUCAAGCGGAUCUUCGAUUAGCACUGAAUUUGACCAUUCCCUAUUGGGGUCGGAAACACCUAAGCAAUCUCGAGCUUCUCAGAUGUCAAGCUCGUGAUGUCCAUCGGCUUGCUCAAAAUCUGAAGGGCGAUGUUCAUUUCUUUGACAACCAUGAAGUUGGCCUAAUGAAAUUUUGGGUUACUAUAUAAAAUUUGGGGUUACGUUAAAGUGAGGGCUUAUCAAAGGUCUUAUACUUUGCAAAAUGAUGAUCCGGUCUGUUUGCAAAAAAAAAAAAGGAUGACUGAUUAAAAUACACAGAUACGUACCUUACUCAAGCAAUAUAGAAUUUUUAUGUCACAUAAUAAAUAAUUCAAGUACGUACACUUUUUGGUUUGUUCUGACGUUAAUGUUUUAAGUUUUGUAGGGUAAUUGCUAUGUAAACAAAGAGAUAAUUCUCAAGUACAUCAACUAAUGGCCAGACCAUUUUGUAAUCUGACCAAACUGGUAUAAUCUAUUUAUCUUCAUCCUCUUUUACGUCUAGUAUGUUUUUUUAAUCUUCAUCCUCUUAUACGUCUGGUCUGUACACAACAGUAUGUUGUUUUUAUACUCAUCCUCUGAUGGAAGGACAUGAGUCAAGUCGAACCCAAAGGACAUGAGGCAAAGUCCAACCAAAGCCUUACAGUACACAGAUAAGUCUCCGACUAUAGCUUUUUUUUGGGGUUAGAGAUAAUGAGUUGACUUAAUUAUAUAUACAAUGGAUGUGCAGGUCGUGCAGUUAAAGGUUUUGAGACAGAGCUUUAUUCAUCUGAACGACAUGGGACAGAGACAUAGCGGGAAAGCAAUUCGAACCCAUGGUAUAGGGUUUGAUUACGAAAGAUGAUUUCGAUGGGAUUUUCAUGGAAUAGGAUUUGAUUAUGAAGAUGAUUUUGAUGGGCUCAUCAUUCUUUCCGAUUUAUUUAAAAAGGCACGAGCUUACGCGGAUGUGGGCCUUAAUUGUUUCAAUGCAUUUUGAUGACGUUAUGGAUAUGUUUUAAUAACUGAAGAUUUCUGAUUGGUCAAAAUAUAUUGGCGUCAUUUAUUUUUUUUAAAGGAAAAUAGGCAAUGGCAGAGAUUUGUAAAUAACUUGAAAAGGCAGGGGUAGAAUCCUAGUAGGUAUUCUGCUUUAAUAGUAUAGAUGUAAAGCUAUUCAAUACUUUUUUCAAUAUAACUUCUCCUAAUGUCAAGUCAUUUUUAUAAUACUUUUUUCCUCUGUUUUUCUCUUUGUCAUCUUGUCUUGGAAAAGCAAAAGCUUACUUCUUCUUUUUUUUUUUGUAAAAGAGCAAACGCUUACUUGUACAAAAGAUUUUUAAAGUAUUUUUACUUAUUUAUUUUUUACAUUUAAAUAAUUUAUCUUUUAUUGUUUUAAGAUUUUAAAGGGUUUUAUAUUAUUUUAGGAUAUAUAUAAGCAGACAAUAAAUGUAAGUAAUUUUUAGUGAUAUCUAUCUAUCUAUACAAUUAUUUGCGAAAUAAAUUUUAGCAACAGAGCUCUCACGUUAAAUAUUGGUGCGGUUAAUAUCUAUACUAUCCUUAAUGAAUUUUAUAUAUUAUUAAUUAUAUAAUCAAAAACGAAUUUUUAUUAAUAAUAUUAACUUUUUAAAAAAUAAGAUAAUUCUUAUAUAUUGUAUUGUUAUCUUAAAACAUAUAUUUCAAUUAUAAAAUCUAAAAAUAAAAUAUAAAACAAUUAUAAUAAAUUAAGUAGUUAAAGUCAAUGUUAUCCUUAAUAAAUUUUAAUUAAACAUAUAUAUUUAAUUAGAUUUUUGUUAUAUAUAUAUAUGUUAGAUUUAUUUUUUUGAAAACAUCAAUAAUAAUUAUGCUGGUUUUUGAAUUAAUUAAAAAUAAACUAAUAAAUAUUCGUAAAGCGAUUAAGCCCGUAUAUGCAGGCAAGACACCUAAUUUUGUGUUUUAAAAUAUAAGUAAUUUUCAUAUUUUUAGAUAAAUUUUAUAUUUAUGGAAUAUAAUAUGACCAAUUAAAUUAUAUAAAUUUAUUUAUUAUUGGUUCGUUUAUACAUAAUCUACAGAUUAAAUUUACCUUAAAAAUAUUUUUUUUUUUUUGCGUUUUUAUGUAAAACUAUUAUUAAGAGGAAGUAGCUUUUUUUUCAAGCUCUACAUCACUACAAGUAGGUUUUUGAUAAAAGCUUUCAAGUAUUCUCAAACCCAUUGAUAAAUCUUGUAAAGUAAGUUUUUUUUAAUUAAAUUAUGUGCUUCGACUCCUCCAUCACCCACGCGGCGGAGGCUGAUUACGCGACGGCUAAAACUUCCGUUUGGUGGGACGUCGAGAACUGUCCUGUCCCCAAGGGCUGGGAUGCUCAUAGCAUAGCUCAGAAACUAAACUCAGCGCUGGUGAACUUGAACUACCGGGGUCCUCUCACCAUCUCUGCUUAUGGCAACACAGAACUCAUCCCUAAACCUGUUCAGCAAGCUCUCUCCUCCGCCGGAAUCUCUCUUAACCACGUCCCCUCCGGAAAGAAGGAUGCGAGUGACAAGAAGAUUCUGGUUGAUAUGUUUUUGUGGGUGUUGGAGAAUCCUGCUCCUGCUAACUUGAUGCUUAUCUCCGGUGACGGAGACUUCUCUUAUGCUCUUAACCGUCUGCGGAUGUUGAGAUACAACAUCCUCCUCGCGCACCCUCUUCAAGCUUCACCUUUCUUGGUUGCUUCUGCGAGGACCUCGUGGAUGUGGAGAAGCUUAAUUGCCACACGAAGUUGUUGCUCCUUCGGUUCUGAGCAUGCUUUGUCCACACAAGCAAUGGAUUCAGGGUCUGUUUUUAACAAGGCUGAUAAACUCAAAGGAAAAGCACCAGGUCAACAGGGGACAAGAAGAAAGAAGCUUCAGAAGGAAUGGAGAGUGUGCAAUGUUGCUUGCAAAAGCACUGAUACUUUCACCAUGGCCAGAGAACAAGCACCUCAGGCACUCAUUGAUGCUAAAGAAUGUGUUCAACUAGACAAUGACUCGCAGUCUCGGGAUGCGUUUAUGAAGUGCUUGGAGAAACAGAACAAGGAACUGAUGGAGACUAUUGCAACAUCCGAAAGGAGUGGAAGAGAGUUCUGGCAUGAUUUUAAAGAGAGGCUGGACAAGAGUGGUGUAGCUCCUCUCAGUGUAGAUCAUGUUUUCAGUGAACUUAGCCGCGACUUUCACGUGCCCAAAGAAGUGAGGGAGUGUUUUGAAGCAAUCCUCAUGAAGCUAGAACCUACACAAAAUGAUAUUGAAAUUGAGAAGUUGGAGGAUAUGACCAAGAAGAAGAAGAGUACAGUGAUUGAAUCCAAAUAUGAACCAUAUGUUUGCACUAUUUGCAAUGUCGUUUGUGCACAUCCUUCCGUGUUCGAGUCGCAUCAUAAGGGCCGGAAGCAUGCUGCAAAGUUUAACAAGCACAUAGAUGAUCUGCGUGAUAGGCAUCAACUACAAGAGAAAAUCAUUCAAGAUAACGGUCUCCCGAAAGAUAUGGCAGUGAAUGGAGACAAAGCUGAACCAUAUGUUUGCAGUAUUUGCAAUGUCAUUUGUGCACAUCCUUCCGUGUUCGAGUCUCAUCAUAAGGGCCGGAAGCAUGCUGCUAAGAUUAAAAAGCAGGCAGAUGAUACAUUAUCAUUGAAACAGGCUCUGCUUGGUGAUCAACAAAUACAAGAUAAUGGUGUUCCGAAAGAUAUGAAAAAGGAGCUCCAAAUCAAGCUUGUAGAGGCACCUGAGAACAUGGACUACUUAGAUAAGCAAAGGCAAGAGCUGGGAGAGAGAUGUGCCACCAACUCCGGGAGGAGUGUUGAAGAUUUUUUUCAAACUAUUGAAGAAGUAGUAGAGAAUGAUUACAAAUCUCUUUCGAAUGAAGAGUGUUUUUUCAUCGAACUAAACUCUGAGUUUUCUGCCUCUGAAGAAUCUAGAGAAUGUAUUGAUGCCAUUUUCAAGAAACCAGAAGUCUCACAAGAUGCAAACUUAACCCGGGAGUUUGAGAAUAUACCAAGCCAGAACCUGGAGAUGAACUCAGGCGAUUCUGAAAGUAGCUCUGCAGGAGGAGCCACUGAGCAUCCCGAGGAGUACAUGAUGAACAUGAAGAAGGAGAAGGUGACUAAGUCCAGCGUUUCAACCAAACCUAUAACGAAGGAACCAAAGGUUUUGCAGCUUGUCUGGUGCCAAAUCUGCCGGAUCAGCUGCGAGAGCAAGGUUGCAUAUGCAAAUCACAUCUGUGGGAAAAUACACCAGCAGAAGAGGGAGAGGAUGUCUGAGAGAGAAGCCAUGCUUUCUAAGGAGACUGCAGAGAGAUUGAGCAAAAGCCAAACCGCCUUUGAUUCACAGAACCAUGCUGCCAUGGUCAAGGAGCAAACAGAGAAGGCAUUUGUUGAUUCACUGAGAACUCGCCAAGAACUUCGCCAAAGAGCAGUGGAACAUCCAUUGGGAAAAGCAGAGGCAACAGAGGAGCAGACUUUUGUAAAGACCGAGGAUCAUGGGUUUCAAGGGGCACAAGAAGAUAAAGAGGAAGUGAAGGAGAUAAACACCAUAUCUGAGAACCUAACGCGUGCCUUUAUUGGAAUGAAUCAAGAGUCAAGUGUACCCAAAGAAUCGAGAGGAUGUUUGGAUGUGAUUCCUCAGAGAGUAAAAGCGCCAGCAGAUGUGAAUGUGACAGAGAAGUUGGAAGAUGAGUCCAAACAUAAACCCCAAACAACACCAGAGGAACCUUUAAAGGAGUUUGCAGGACCUAAGGAGCACCUCGGAGUGGCUGCCAAGAGGGGAGAGGCUAAGUUCCAAGUUGAUAACUUUUGGACCAGACUUUGGGGGAAAAAGGAGUUGGAAAAACUUUACCGUAUAAUCUAUACUAUUAAAGCAGAAUACCUACUAGGAUUCUACCCCUGCCUUUUCAAGUUAUUUACAAAUCUCUGCCAUUGCCUAUUUUCCUUUAAAAAAAAUAAAUGACGCCAAUAUAUUUUGACCAAUCAGAAAUCUUCAGUUAUUAAAACAUAUCCAUAACGUCAUCAAAAUGCAUUGAAACAAUUAAGGCCCACAUCCGCGUAAGCUCGUGCCUUUUUAAAUAAAUCGGAAAGAAUGAUGAGCCCAUCAAAAUCAUCUUCAUAAUCAAAUCCUAUUCCAUGAAAAUCCCAUCGAAAUCAUCUUUCGUAAUCAAACCCUAUACCCUGAAAUAUGAAGUUUUCGGGGUUAAAACUCUAAACAAACCAUAUUCCAUAACACAAUAAUUUAAAACUAUAAAACACUAACCAAGAUGAAUAUAACGUAUGGAUUCUCAGAAAAUUAAAUCAAUGUUCACAUGCUUAUUAAGAUGAUUCAUUACACCUACCUAUAUGUUAUGAUUCGUUUAUCAAAAUGCAAUGUAUAAUGAUGGAAAAUUUAAUCAAACCAAAAAUAUGAAAAUCGAAUUUGAAUCAAAGGUACUACAGCAUAUUCCCAAUUUUUCAAAAAAUGUUAAUUAAAAAAUCUAUUUAUCUUUUAAACAACCUUUAAUUUUUAUAAAGUUUUGAUACCAAAUUUAUUCGAAGUAUAUUUUUCAACCCAUCCCCUAAUUUCAGUGUUCGGUUUAAAAAGAGUAAGGCCCUUUUUACCAAAAA